AUGAAUUCUGAUUCCUCAGAUUCAGCCUACUCCCAGGGCUGUGUCCUACUAGAGGGUUCCUACUAUGACCCAAUUGGAAAAUUCAAUUUGACUGCGGAAGGCUGCUUAAUUGAAUUUUUAAAGAGUCAAGAACCUUCAACCUUAUUUAAUAUGGAACAACACGUGUCCUCUCGUAUAGAAUUAUUACGAGACCCAAAAGGGAAAAAAUACGUGCAAAGCCCAGAGCAGCUCACUAGAUCAACCUUAAUCAGAAAUAAGCAAAUUUUCCAAAUGAAUCAAUAUGAGAAUUGGACCUUGAUUGUAAAUCAUAAUUAGGAACAAAAUUUGGAAAGCUUUGUAAAUAAACAAAUUCGUAUUAUCUUAAAAUACGCUAUCCCUGCAAGCAACUUAAAAUAUAUAAUAUUUAAUUUGCAUAUAAAACUAAAAAUAAUAUAAUUUUAUGUUAAAAAAUGUAUUUUUAUAUCCAAGAAAAUAAGAAAAAUUUGGAGAAAAAUAAGGAUUUAAGUGAGAUUGAGAAAGAUGGUGAAAAUUUAGACAUAUCCAAGAAUUGCUUCUGCCCUAUAUUUUAUGGUGAGCCAAAAUUAAAAUUUAUUGAAAAUUAAAUUUUAUCCAAUCAGUGAGCAAUAGUAUUUAAAAAACAAAACUUUAUAUUCAGAUGCCUACUUGAGAUCGAUGAAAUCUCAGCUUCUGGAAAUGAUGAAAGCCAAAAUCUCAAAAGACUAAUUGAUGAAGCAUAUCAGACUCUAUUUAUAGAGCGUAAAUAA